AUGGAGAGACUGAGAAUUAGCGACUGGCGCGUGGGGGUCGGUGUCGGCGCUCUCUCGGCUGUCGUUCUGCACUUCACCUUCCCCCUCCUCCUCUUCCUCGUCUUCGCCGUCAUCUUCACUGUCCUGGGAGCUGUCUUGGCUCUCUUCCCUACUCAGUACUCGCGGAGAACGCGAGAGACAUAUCCGGCGCCCCCCAAACCCAACAUCGAGGGGACGUUGUCAAAAGUCAAGGUUUACCCGCCUCCUGUAGUCCGCCCGGCCCUUUUCACGGCGGGCGUGGAUGGCCGCAUACAGGAGAUACUGGAACUAACUCUAAAGCAUCACGUGAUUCCGAUGUACAAGACGGUCGCACAUGACGAACAGCCGUUCUUCAGGAGUGUUAGUCCCGUAGUGUGGACAACGCUGUCGGCCAUCACGCAGCGAGCGAGUCACAUCGACAUGAUGAGAAUGACGCAAGACAUAGUCAGGGCCCUGCGAACACACUUUGAGCAUUUCCGCGGUUUUCACUACCAGCACGUGCACACGCAGUUCCCUCAACUCUCUCUCUACCCUUACCUCAAAAGCCCCGAACACGAGUUGAAUUUUCUCCGACAGGCCUGCGAGGUGCUACUCUGUGUCUCGCUACCCAAGGAGCACCUCCAGUGCACUCCAAUUAGAGUCCUCGUACGCGAGUACCUGGCCGGUCAGAUCCUUCUACCGACAAUUGAAAUGAUGUGCGACCCGGACUACAUCAAUCAGAAGCUACUGGCUUACCUCACACGAAGAGAGAGGAGCUGUCAAAUCGGCCUCGACCAAGUACACGUGGCGAACGUUUGA